CCGCCAGCCAUACAGCGUUUUUAAAAGUGACGGUGUGCGGGAGUUGCAGAUCAUCUCAGGCCGCAGGUGUAAGUAAUAACACCCAUGUACACACUUUCUAAAUGUCACUGAAUGUGUGUUUAAGCAGUUCACGUUGUGUGUGGUGCCUGGAUAGCGAAUGGGUGUUGAAUUACACACGUUAGCGGAGGCAGACUAUGCCACAUGCGACUCCCUUCACUUUUGUUUUUGUUUUGUUUUUUUCCCGAUGUUAGAGAUUAAGAAUUCUACCUGACAACAGCACUGGACUUAUUUCUGACUGUUUGUUGUGGUUGGUUCACCAAUGGAAGCUGUGUCGAGCCUCCUUUGAUGGGCGGUUUGACCUCACACAGUAACGUCAGCCACCAGGACAGGAGUCGAGACGACACCUGGCAAAACCGGAACGAAAUGAUAUAGAUAAAUAUAUACUUAUAAUCGUUGAUACACAGAAUCUCCAACUGAGUGGUGUUUUAUUGUCAUCACAUAUAACUUGGUUACAGUUAUAUUUUUUACAAAAUCCCCAGCCAACGUUAGCUUCUCUCAACCUUCUUACGCUACGUAUUGUAUACGCUGCCGAGGAAAAACGUCCCAAGUACAGCAGCCUGUGAAAUGGCAGUGCCUUUCUCCAACACUCACCUGCGGGUCCCGCGAGGAUUUGGUACAAUCCUGGAAGGACUGGCCAGAGAAGUCAUGCGAGACCAGCCUGAAGACAUCCCGAAAUUUGCUGCAGAGUACUUCAAGGCUCUUCUCACGCAAAGAGAAGAGAGUGACGUGGACCCUUCUGAGUGGGCUGCUAAACUGGAAGAUAGAUUCUACAACAACAAUGCAUUCACUUCUGGGGCUGGCCCUGAAAAUGAGACUGCAACAGAGAUCGCAAUAUCCAAAGAAAAUUCAUACGAGUCCAACACUGCAAAUGAAUCAAGUCAAUCAGCUGAAGCCGCAGAGCUUCCCACUGCACAGCCUCAUGUCUCAAAAGAGGUGGAUGUGACUGAAGGUUCAGAAGAAGAAGAAGAAGAAAAACAAGACAAUACAGAGAAAAAUUACAUUUCAAUGGAACAGGGGCUUUCAGAAGAGGAAUCAAUCAACAGGCCCCCCACCACAGAUGUACAGUCAAAGGAACAGAGCAGGACUGAGGAGGAGAAAGAACCAACAAUAUAUACUCUUGAUAAAGCUGUCAGUGAAGCUAAUGAAAAAGAUAUCACCUCUGCUCCAGACCAAGAUGUACCCCGGUCUGCGUCCACUGACUUGUUACUCAGUGGUGUUGCUAAUGUGGACGUAUGUGCUCAGGAGUUAGGAAUGGAAGAAUACGGACCAGGUGAUGAACAAGAGACUGCAGUUUUAGAUAAGGAGAUUGUAGACUCAGAAGGAGAGGAAAAUACUGAAGGUGAAGAACCAGUAGGGGUCUUUCUGCGUCCGGGGCUGGCUGAUGUGGACAUUUGUGCUACAGUGCUUGAAGGAACAGAGAUGACGAUGGAAAGGGCCACUGCUGAAAACGAUACACACUCUGUUGAAGAGGAAUCCCUGAAUCCUAAACCUGAGGAAACCCGUGUACAAUCAUCACUGUCUCACUUUGAGAGCCCCGAGGGUAACCAUCAAGAAGCAGCAGGAACAAAGGAGGAGGAAGAAACAGAGACGAGAGCUCCUUCUGGGGAAACACAUGAAAGUUUAGCUCAUGUUGAGGAUGCUUUAGAUAGUGAUACCAUACCAAAGGAGGAUUUGUUGGUUGAGAUUAGCUUUGAAGAUGUUCCAGACGCUCAGCAAUUUACUGAGGUUGGGGAGAAACAGGCAGAGAAAGAGGGAUCAGUGGAGGUAUUACAGACUAGGGUAUUAGAAAUGCAACAGGACGAAGAGCCCAAGGAGGUUACUGCAGUGGCAGUAGACCAAAAUAUACCAGGUACACAACACGAAGAUGAACCCGAAACAGAGGGAGUUGGAAAAAAAUUAACAUCUGGAAGGGAGGGAAUGGAAAGUCAGCUUGAGGCGUCUGAGGAAAAGGUGACCACAUAUUACUCUAAUUUAAUUGACAAUGAUGAUGAUGAUGACGAUGAUGAUGAUGAGACGGAAGAAGGUGUUAGACACAUCAGCUCAUCUAAUCAGCCCACCACCGAAGCAGACACAAAGGAACCACAGGAUGAAACCGAUCAUGCGAUUGAAGGCAAGAAUACGAGAGAAGGCGAAUUUCACCAGAGUGAGGAUUUUGAGAAAGAGACAGACGAUGAGAUGACAGACACAGUUGGAGGAGACAAAGAGGAAAUACACACAGAAGGUUAUAGUGAGAUGGAGGACGAAGACAUUCAUGACGGUGGUGCAGAACAUCAUUCAACACAGGUAACCCCGUCAAAUGCAGCCGCGGUGGAGGGGGAGAGUGAGACUUUAGGAGCAAGUGCUCAACAUCCAUCAGAGGAGAGUCAAGGAACACUUGUAGAGGCACAGCCAGAGGAUAGAGUGGACGAAAAAGAGACACGUCACAUCACGUCGAAGGGAGCAGAGAACGUCCGAGAGGAAGAAAAUAUUCAUUCUGAGGUAGAAGAGACGAGUGAUGCAAUGUGCGAAGAGGAGAGCAUUGGCGUCACCCACAUCUCAGAUGGGACAGCUGCUGAUCACCAAGGAGAAGAAAUACCACUUGGGUCUCAAAAGGACACCACAGAGCCUGAGGAGAACAAGAGUACUGUCCAGCCGGAGGAGUGCAGUCGGCCCCAGGAAGAGGAGGACAUCAUGGACAUCCCCCUGGAUGACCCAGAGGCCAACAGGGCUGCCGCCAAGAUCCAGGCCGGCUUCCGUGGCCACAUGACCCGCAAGAAGAUGAAGCCCGAGGACAAAGCAGAAGGCGAGGAGCGACAGGAGGAUCGGGGGCAGUAGAGAGCGACGACACAUCUGUGCCAGAGCAGUGACCCCCGUGUCCUGGCCUGGAUGAAGAGAAAGAGCGGGAUCAAGGUAGCGAGGGAUGGGCGGCCAAUGGCCUCUGCUGACUGGUCUGACUUUCUGACACAUCUUUUUAACACCCAGGAGUCAUUUUUCUUUUUCCGCACAAAUUACCAGUAGAGAAAUGAACAGUUUUGAGGGUGUGUUAUGUGUGUUUUGUGAACUUAAACGCCCCUUCUCUGCUUCUCCAGCAGUCUCAUCGGUGCGGAUGUCUUUGACCCAGAAUUUGCAACUCACUGCAUGUAUGUACUUGUGAAACUUCUGGUAGUGUGCUAGUUUUUAGAUGAUGAUCUGUGAAUGUGAAAAUGACUGUCCUUUAAUUCUAAACAGGGCUCAUUUUGGAAGGAUCAUUCCAUACCAUCUGUGUGUAAACCUAGUAUGUAUCAGCAUUGGACUUCUGUGUAAUUCGUGGCUUAAAUUAUUUCUCGUUUUGCAUUGUUUUCUGAUGUGCUUGUAUCUUGGGCCAUUAUUCAUUAUUUGACUCGUUACAAAAACGAUUAAAACAUCAGAAAUAGCAAAAGAAAAGUAGCUGUAUGCUGUAUGUUCUAUUGAUUCUAAGAUUGCAAUUGCCUUGAUUCUCUUUUUGAUCACGAGUAGGUUCUCUUUUCAGCAUUUUCUAUAAAUCUGAUCUUCCACAACAGUAAGCAUGCAGUAAUUACACUUUUUUUUCCCAGAUGCAUUUGGUACAGCUAAAACUUAUGAGACACUGGUUCAAUAUGCUCCGUUGUUGUGUUGCUGGGUUUGACUUGUUUGCGUUUUUGGACCUGUGUUUAAAAUUCUGUUGUCAGAGUUUGCAGAGCUGUCAUGCUUUAAAACGAAUUGAAUAGUACCGUGCUGAACUUUGCUGUAGAGUCAUGGCUUUACACUAAUAAAUCCACCUUAAAUGUA